GGUCACCACAACAUGAGGAACUGUAUUAAAGGGUCGCGGCAUUAGGAAGGUUGAGAACCAGUGGGUUAGAGCAAGUCACAGUCUGCCUAGAUUCAAGGACAGGAGAAAUAGACUGCACAUCUUGGCACAAGGAGCAGAUUUUUGGAGACUAUGUCCACAAUGCCUGGACCAGGGCACUCCAUCUCCAGCAAACCCUAUUCCAAGUCCAUUCCAGUGAGCAAAUUUACUUCAGAAACACCUUUCUAAAUACCUUUACUCUCAGCUUCAAGAUCUGCGUCAGAGUCUCUGAAUCUUCAGGAAGAUAGCCCAUGCCCCAUUGCACUGCAGUCCAGUUCAAUUCAACAGUUACUGGGACCUGUCAUAGGAACCCUAUGUCAGCCCUUUCCCCCCAUCCUACCUGAUCUCUCCCCAGCCCCCAGGUGGUCUCCGUGCUGCUCCCCAGGACACUGAGGCUGAGCCUCCCGCACGGAGUGUCCUUUCACCUGCUCCCUGGCCUCCCUCGGGACCAGCCUGGAAAGACGUGUGUUCUCUAGGAACCUGCAGGGUCAUGACGAGCUCAGAAAUGCUUUGAGGUGCUUCUAGCCACAGUUGCUGAUGCUGUCUUCUGGCCUCCCAAAGUCGCCUCAGGCAAACACGAAUGCUACCUUCAUCCCAAAGAGAACUUGGUCUCCAGCUGUCCUUGAGGCUCCCCUCCAGCUGUGUGCAGAAGUGACCCAGAACAGCGGGGGCUCCGCAAAGCGGCCUCAUCUUUACUGGAACAUGAGAGGAGGAUGUUUCCUUGGCUCGCCCCCAUGCUGUGUAGAUGAAGCUCUUCUGACCAGCAUGAUCUCUGGGUGCUGGAAGGUCUGCCUUAAAGGAUUUUAGUUGUCACAUCAAAGGACCGUGGUAUUCUUAAUUGUGUUAUAUUUUGAAGCUUUCUCUUCAUAAACACGUACCCAAAAAACCUUGGUGAUUUCAGAUUAUUUCCUAAUCACAAGAAAAGCUUAGCGUUUAUCUUCAAGGUUACCCUUUGGGAGGUUAGUUGUACAAGACCAAAAACAACAAACAAACAAAAACCCACAAUUGAGAAAUUGAGUGCUAAUAGGCUUUACAGGAAAUUCCUGUAAAGGAAAUAGGCUUACUCAGUUUUCAACCGAGCCUAACCGCAAACCUCAUCUAGUCGAGGGGUGUCAAAGAGUCUUAGCUGCUUCAUCUUCAGGGCAUUUCCUUUGACUGAUAGAGGGAGUUAUUUGAUUUUCCUCUAUGUGACCAUGGAUUUGACAAUUUACCUGUCUGAGUAGGAAGAGAAACAGGAGAAUUCUUUGAAGAUGGGUAUUCUCUUAUGUUCUUCAGAAAGAACAGCCGGCAGUCAUUGAAGUGACGUGAAGUUCCUUCCUCUUUUUUGUCUUCAGAACAGGAAAUAAAGCUCUGGUCAGUGAAAUUCUUAAUUCAUUAUCAACCAAAUAUCAUUGAAGUUGUAGCCUUGACCCACUGAGGGCAGUGAUCCUCAACCUCUGAUAGAAGACAUGCAGCUCAUAUAGAACCAGGAAAAUGCUUUGAGGAAGAGACCCUGCGGACAUCGAUGAAGAGGCUUUGCGGGGUGGACUCUGAGUCCCAGCGCAGCCCCGCGCCACGGAGUGCUUCCUGAGGGACCGGCCCCUGGGCGGACGAUGCUCUGUUUGGGGUGGAUCUUCCUUUGGUUUGUCACAGGAGAGAGGAUCAAAGGGUUUAACAUCUCAGGUUGCUCCAUCAAAAACUUCCUUUGGAUGUACUCUGCGGAGAGCACCGAGGAGUUUGUCUUAUUUUGUGACUUAGCAGAGCCACAGAAACCCCGUUCCUACCACAGACACCCGCUCUCACCCGCCCAGGGCCCCGCGCGCCGGCCCUGCCGUGGCCGUGAGGGCCUGUCUGAUGCCCAGUGGUACCUUCAGCCUCGGGAAGGAGGCGCCUUAAAGGAAAUUACCAGCAACCAGUCCCACCUGCUCCUGGACAAGACGGCCCUGCGCUUUCUGACCGCGGAGAGGAGCCAUGCUGGCUCCUAUAUCUGUAGGCCCAGGAUGAGGAGCCGCAGGGACGAGGCGUGCUGUGUGAAGAUGGUCCUGGAAGUGCAGCCCCAGGCCGACCUCUCCUGUGCGCGCCCCGUGCCGCGGACGCGCUACCUCCGUCUGGGCAGCACCGACUCCAUUCACUGCCCCAGCCUUGGCUGCCAGGGUGGCACCCCGAGUCCAGAGAUGACCUGGUACCAGAAUGGAAGACUGCUCUCUGCGCAGAGGAGCAACCCGCUGCAGUUGGACGUGAUCUAUGACUACCACCAGGGCACGUACGCCUGCGACUACGCUCAGGCCGACGGUGCAGGAUCCCGGACAGUCAGAGCAGUUGUUCAAGUGAAAACCAUAGUGAGAAACACCACUCUCAAGCCCGACAUCCUGGAGCCGGUCAAGGACACCCUGGAAGUGGAGCUUGGAAAACCUUUGACUCUUAACUGCACGGCACGAUUUGGCUUUGAAGAGCACUUCAAACCGGUGCUAAGAUGGUUCAGCAAAGAUUCUGGUCGGGAGCUGGAAAUCCCAACAAAGGAAGGGAGAAGAGUGAAAGCCACUGUGGAGGCGGAAGUCAUCCAGCGCACCGUCCACUUGGAGAGAGUCGCCCAGAGUGACCUGCACAAGACAUUCAUCUGCUUCGCCCAGAACUCGCUGGGGAACAGCACGCAGCCCCUCCAGCUGAGGGGGAGGAAAGGAGUGGUGUUCCUGUACGUCCUCCUGGGCACCGUGGCCGCCCUGGCGGGCGCGCUGGCAGCAGGCGCGCUGCUCUUCACGUACUGGAUUGAGGUGGUGCUGCUGUGCCGGACCUGCCAGGACAAGGACGAGACGCUCGGGGAUAAAAAGGAGUUUGAUGCUUUCAUCUCCUACGCCAAGGGGAGCGCCUCUGAGAGCGAGCCCGCCUCGCCCGUGAGUGAGGACUGCCUGGCCUUGAAGCUGUUCCCCGAGGUUUUGGAAAACAAAUAUGGCUACACCUUGUGUUUGCUUGAAAGAGACGUGGCUCCGGGAGGAGUGUACACGGAAGACAUCGUGAGCAUUAUCAAGAAAAGUAGAAGAGGAGUCUUCAUCUUAAGCCCCAACUAUGUCAACGGACCCAGUGUCUUUGAACUGCAAGCAGCAGUGAGUCUUGCCUUGGAUGAUCAGACGCUGAAGCUCAUCUUAGUCAAGUUCUGUCCCUUCCAAGAGCCAGAAUCCCUACCUGACCUGGUGAGGAAGGCUCUCCGGGUUUUGCCCACAGUCACUUGGAGAGGCCUCAAGUCGGCGCCUCCCAAUUCCAGGUUCUGGACUCGCAUGCGCUACCACAUGCCCAUGAAAAACCCCACGGGGCUCCCGUGGGGCCACCUCAGGGUUAUCUCAAGGGCUUUCUCACUGGGAAGACAGUAAAACAGAGACCCCUGGGAGGAGCUCCCAGCCUAGGCACUGGCGACCUGGGCCCUGGUGAGCAGAGAGACUGCCAGGCAGGGCACACAGCCUGGAUCAGGCUGAUCUAAAGUAGACGGUGCUCGGCCCCCUGGGACGGCACUGGGGCUGGGCCUCUGGUCUCCUGGACUGGACAGAGGGAGAGGGGAUUCUCCAGCCACUGCAGACACUCAGCACACUCCCACGGCUUUCUUAGUGGUCACCAGCAUCAGCAAAUGCGUCCACUCUUACUGGUGGCUAUGGACUAUCAUGUCUACUGUGUAUUGUACAUAUACAUUUAUAUGUAUAUUUGCAAUAAAAUAAAUAUUAUUUCAUUAGAAACAAGCAAUUUUAACUUUGUCAAAUAUUUCUCUGUAAAGAAGGUAAUUCUUGCUCCAUGUUCACCCACUAGCUCUGGAGCCCAGAAAGCGAGUUGGAAGGCCGGACGGGGAGCAGGAGCCACUUCAGCCUGUACGCUCGUCCUGCGGGCACGGUCCCCUCUGGCAGAGGAGCUGGCUGAGCACCUCACCAGGACACAGGCCUGGGAGCAGAGGAGGGGUAUUUUCAGCUUCUCCUUGCCGUUGGCCUUAGGGCAGGACCUGAAGUACAGAACCUUACUCUGGGCCAGUGGAAGGAGGGACCAUCUGGGCCAUAAUGGUUGGAGCAAUGAAUGGACUCACAGCUACACACAAAGUGGAAAGGCGGUGGCAAGAGUCAGCAGCCAAGAUACAAGCCUGAGAAACAAGCUUCUACACAUCAAAGGACAGCAAGGCUGGACUGGGCAGAGCUUCUGUGUAAGCCAUGCCCGCUGAGGCGGACGCUUCUUGUACGUGCUUCCUGGCCUGCCGGCCCCAGGGCAAGGCCUGCUGGUCACGGGUGCUUUGCUGGAGGACCGAGCAGCUGUUCCCCGCAGACAAGAAUUUCAUUCUCAUGUGUUUGUUUUCCUUCUGAGAGUUCAAAUAGUGCUCUAGUCCCACAUGAACAUAAAGCCUUCACGCCCUCUCAACCCUGAGGGGGUGGGAUGAUCCAUUUGAGUGACAAAGAAGAGCAACUUCUGGACUCAUUCGCGUGUGCUGUGUCACUCAUUCGCGUGUGCUGUGUCACCCAUUCGCGUGUGCUGUGUCACUCAUUCGCGUGUGCUGUGUCACCCAUUCGCAUGUGCUGUGUCACCCAUUCGCGUGUGCUGUGUCACCCAUUCGCAUGUGCUGUGUCACCCAUUCGCGUGUGCUGUGUCACCCAUUCGCAUGUGCUGUCACAUCCACUGUAUAAAUGGAAUCCGAGUUUGGAGCGACUAAACAUCACCGUCACGGGCCACCGAGCGGAGCCUGCGAAGCGCUCUGGAGCUCCUUCCUCACAGAGGCGCCCACAUCAUAGCAGCCACUGUGGCUUUGGCACCAAGGAGCAUCCUUGUUGGGAAUCCCAGCAAUAAAGUUAAAGACGAGUUAGAGGGUAGGAAUUAUUCCUGCAGGAAGUUUCUUGCGGGAAGGCUCAUUGCAGGGUCUCGCUGGGGAAGAACCCACACUCGCGUUGUGACUUCGUGGUCUGGGGACAGCCAGAUCGCUGCUUUUCCUGCCAUGAACGCCCUGGAGCUAAGACUCACAGCCCCGUUGGCCAGUCUAUCUAGCUUUACUUUAUUC